AUGACAUCAACUGGUGCAAUCGAACGAAAAGCACUUGGUCGCCAUGGUAUUGUGGGUUCACUGUACGAUAUUCGAACUGACACACUGGAAGGAGGCAACUUGUUCAACAAAGAGUUACCGGAGUCAUUUAUCCGACUUCAGGACAGUGCCAAUGUCAGUUAUCAUAUCGAUUUCAACAACUCGCAAAAAGAGACAUUCAACAAUAUGAAUAUUGAAGCCAGUCUGAAAUUAAGCUUAUUGGGAGGAUUGAUCGAUGUGGCAGGAUCAGCGAAGUAUUUAAAACAAACGAAAACAAAUAGUCACACUGUUCGAGUUACAUUCAUGUAUAAAGCGAAAACAAAACAAGAACACCUACUCAUAAAUACGGCUGAUUUAUACAAAUAUUUUUCACUUGAUGCGCUAGAAAAUCCAAAUGCAACGCAUGUCGUAAUUGGAAUUAUAUGGGGAGCAAAUGUAGCUGCUACAUUCGAACGAGUUGUUGAAAAUCGUGAAGCUGUGGAACAAUUAGAAGGUCAACUGUCGGUAGUAUUAAAGAGUAUAGCUGGUAGUAUUGAAGGCAACGCAAAGGUCAACUGUGGGGAUAUAAAUAAAGCUGCGUUUGAAUCAUUAACAGUCAGCUUUUCCGGUGAUGUAUUGAUCAAAGAUUGCCCACAAACGAUCGACGCAGUAAUGAAAACAUACGUAAAUAUUCCCGAUCUAAUUAAACCAUUAAAUGGUGGAAAAGGACGACAAUUGGAGUUUGUUUUGUAUCCAUUGAAACGAAUUGCACAAAUGUUCAAAUUUGAAUUGAAAGUUGAAAGAUUAAUCAAAGAAGUAUCAGAGCAUUUAGUCUUUCGUAUUGAAAAUAUUUUUGAGCAAAUAUCAAUGACAACAAGAAAAUUUAACGAUUUUUUGGAUGAUAUUAAAUCAUGGGAACAAUAUAUUCCUAAAGAUUGGUUGAAAGUAAUUAAAGAGAAAAAAGCGACACAUGCCGGUGAUGAAUUGAAAACACAACGUCAAAUGGCAUCUUUGUUGCAGAAAAUUCGUUCGGGUACUACUGAAGAAUCCGAAAUGGAAGAACUAAUCGAUAAAUUUGAUCUUGAAAAUCCGUGCUCAGAACUAUUAAUGGACAAAUUUUUGAAAGAAAAUCAACACGUGAAGACAAAAAUUGAAACAUUGAAAAAAAUUAGUCCAGAUCAAUCUCUGCUGUUGACACAGAUCGAAUCUGUCGAGGACAUCAUAUUGGAUUUCUACGAUAAUGAUGUGUAUCUGCUGCAUAUAUGCGAACAAUGGUCCAAAAAAAAUAAACGAAAUAUGUUAAAACAAUUGCGAUUUUUUUCACAAUUGAAAAAAAAUUAUAUGAAUGACAUUUUUCGGGUGAUCGAUCAUGAUUUACAUCCGAGUUUGGAUGAAAAACCUGACGAUUAUGUUAUUUAUUUUGCAACACAAGGCUCAAUUGAAUCGUAUAAUUUUUGGAAAGAUUCACUAACAAAACUGAGCCGUACACAAAUUUCAUUGAUUUUGAAACAAAAUGCCAGCCUGACAGAACAGAGUCUAUUGAAGUGGCAUGCCGAAUUCAUGAAAGAACAUCUGGAUGGUGAACUCUCAAAGGACGAUUUCAUCUCUGAACUUGUUAAACUUUUUCCUAAAGGAAAUCCGGCAAACUACUGUGAUUAUGCGUUUUCGACCAUCGACAUCGACAAAAGUGGCAAAAUUAGCUUCGUCGAAUUUAUGAAUGCUGUUGCUCUUAUACAGCCGGGCGAUUUAAAAACACGUCUUGGUUUGGUAUUUUCGGUUUGCGAUUACAAUAAUGCUCAAACUAUCGAUGAUGGAAAAAUUGUUAAGUUUCUUGAAGUUAUAGCCGAGCUGGAACAUGGCGAAGGUGCGGUGAAUACGAACGCAGCAAAGUCCGUUGCCAGAGCAAUUAUGGAAUUAUGUGGUAAAAGUAAAGAUGGAGCAGUGAACAAAGAAGAAUUUAUUGACUGCUGUGAACGAAACUAUGAUGAUCUCGUCGUACCAUUUUUGCCUCUCACAGAAAAAGUCGUUCCAGCUGCCGCAUCAAACAAUACAACACUGCCUGUGCAGAAGAAAGUUGGCUAUUGUGGUGGUAAUGCUUGUCCAAGUUGUGACAAAUGUAUUGAUUGGUCUUAUGAUGGUGAUCUAGAUCAUGAUUACAAGCGUUGGGAGCGUGCCUACAAAUAUUUUGAAAUAUUUGAUUUCAAGCGUUGGCAUCCUCGUCCUGAUGCGACAUGUAAUUAUAAUUAUCAUUUCUAUGGUGCUGGUGGUUAUGUUUAUAAUGGUCAUAGUAAUUAUGGUGUUGUUAUUCAUGCUGGUUAUGGUCUUUGUCGUUGUACGAAGUAA